AUGAACGCCUGGGAUGUUGACUUGGAGGAUCUUGAAUCGUCCUUCGUUUUGAAAUCUCGACCGAAUUCCCAAGAUACUUUAGCCUUACCCGGAAAACGUGUAUACGAGAGUGAACCUGUACGGUCUGACGUGAAGCGUACAAAGAAAGAAGGACCUAAAUUCGAAACAUACGUGCUUAAUUCUGGUGAAGGAUGUCUUCAUGAAGUCGUUUAUCCUGCUGGACAGUCACUGAAACCGCUUGUUCCUAUUACUGAGCCGGCCAGACAGUAUCCAUUCACGCUGGAUUCGUUCCAACGCGAAGCAGUUACAUGCAUCGAGAAUGGCCAGUCAGUCCUCGUGGCAGCCCACACGUCGGCCGGAAAAACUGUCGUUGCUGAUGUUGGAUUGGUUUUCCUGAGCGCGACCAUUCCGAACGCUCGUCAGUUUGCGGAGUGGAUUGUGUUCCUUCAUAAACAGCCCUGUCAUGUCGUAUACACCGAGUACCGACCAGUACCGUUGCAACACUAUCUGUUUCCUUGCGGUGGAGAUGGGAUUCAUUUAGUGGUCAAUCAGAAACGUGAGUUUCUCGAGCCGAACUUCCAGACUGCGAUGAGCGCCUUGUACAAAGCUGCUGGUAAUGCAGCGAGCGACACACAGAUGCGGGGCCGCCGGGGUGGAUCAAUACGUUCCAAACCUUAUUGUGCGAAAUUGGUCAAGUUAGUGAUGGAUCAAAAUCUGGAACCGUUGAUCGUAUUCUCCUUCAGCAAAGUAGACUGCGAGUUCUAUGCGACUCAGAUGAACAAAAUGGAUUUUAACACAGAUAAAGAAAAAGCUGCAGUUGAUUUGAUUUUCAAAAACGCCAUCGAUAGUCUAUCCGCGGAAGACAAGCGGCUUCCACAGGUACAGAUUUUGCUCCCCGUACUUCGUCGAGGCGUAGGCAUUCAUCACGGCGGACUGUUGCCCAUUCUGAAAGAAAUCGUAGAAAUUUUAUUUGCUGAAGGCUUAAUUAAGGUCCUUUAUGCUACUGAAACGUUUGCAAUGGGACUGAAUAUGCCAGCACGCACUGUGUUGUUCACGGCUACACGAAAAUUCGAUGGACAGUCGUUCCGUUUGGUGUCAUCCGGUGAAUAUAUCCAGAUGUCUGGUCGCGCCGGUCGCCGGGGUAAAGAUGAUCGAGGCACAGUGAUCCUCAUGUUAGACGAUCAGAUCUCUGCUACGGAAGUUCGUCAACUGUUGUCUGGACAGCCUGAUCGUCUAGACUCAGCGUUCUAUCUUACCAAUACUAUGGUGCUUAAUUUGCUCCGUGUCGAAGAUAUCAAUCCAGAAUUAAUGUUGGAGAAAAGUUUUCUGCAAUUCCAAACUAAAUCUUCGGCACCCCCGUUGAACAAACGCAUCAAAGCUUUGGAGGCUGAAAUUAAAGCAAUUCAAUUUCCCGUUGAUGUCGAUUUGGACAAGUUGAGUUCUCUGGUUCAGCUGAAAGAUGCCAAGUUAUCUGCAGAACGUGAACGAUGGUCCAUUGUACUCAAAGCCAAGUCGGUUAUUCCAUUCUUACAAACGGGUCGAGUGCUACGGGUGCACACAGUAGACGAUAUCGACUUUGGCUGGGCAGUCCUCCUACACGUAGAGCAACCGCAGACUGCGCCAAUCCGCGGACAGAAAUCGGAAUCCUCUGGCACUUUGUUGCUGCAUUGUCUGCUCGAGACUCUGCCGUUAGGCGCUGCGCUCGAUCACGACAACGAAGGCAUGCCGGGACAGCGUAACACUAAACCAGCAUCAGUCCCACUGUCCAUGGUCGAACCAGCACAAUCAGAAUUCUUUGCGCCUGAUUUGGAUGAUAAAACCUUGGGGUCAGAAAAGCGUACCACUGUCCAAGUGGUCUCUGUUCCUCUGUCUUGUGUGGCCGAACUGUCCAGUGUUUGCCUCAAAGUGCGCAGUGUGUUAACCGACUCUAGUGGUGGUUUUCAGGCGGGUAAAAGUGCCGACCUAAUGCGUCGGGUUUCUCAUCUAUCCGAGUCUAUUCGCCGUCAUCUUUGGGAAGGGAUCAAUCGAGCGCGUGAUCAGUUAGACGGUGUGUUGCCAUUGCUCGAUCCACUCAAGGAUAUGCGCAUUGCUGACCCAAAGUUGAAACAACUGAUGGAGAUGACGCACAUGUUGGAUGCCCGGAUUGCUCUAAACCCCAUUUCCAAGCGAACCGAUGUGGAUAGCCUGAUGGACUUGUUCGCACACAAGGCUACUAAGUUGCACGAACUGAAAGUUUUGCAAAAACACUUGGAAAGCCAAGAUAGUCUGGUUCAGUUGGAUGAACUGCAUGCGCGCAAACGUCUAUUGAGACGUCUUGGCUUCUGUCAAGAGGACGAUGUGAUCGCAUUCAAGGGUCGAGUCGCGUGUGAGAUCUCAUCCGGUGACGAACUGAUGCUUACCGAGCUCAUGUUGGACGGCCUGUUCUCCAAUUUGACCGCUGCACAACUGGCUGGGGUUCUGUCUUGCUUUGUUGUGGAGCGCAAUGCGGGCAAGGCUGACAAACUCAUUCUGCAGCCGGACAUGGAUAACGCAUUGAAACAAAUUCAAACAAAGGCCCGGUUCUUAGCGCGCGCUGCAGCGGAGUGUCGUGUUGGUGCAUCUCGAACACAAAAAGAAGAAUCCGACAUCAAGAGGACCGCGAUUCCAGAAGCUGGCGCACUGUUAAACAAUCGUGUCGGUAUAUUAGACGAUGAGCAAGCUUAUGUGGACCGUUUUUCCGGUGAAUUAAUGGAAGUUGUUCGAGCAUGGGCCGAAGGAGUUAGUUUUGCACGUCUUUGUGAACUGACUCAUGUAUUUGAGGGCAGUGUGAUCCGAUGCAUGCGCCGACUGGAAGAACUUCUACGUCAGAUGCACGACGCGGCCAAGGUCGCCGGAAAUUCAGAACUAGAGAAUAAAUUCGUGCAAGCCAUGGUCAUGAUCAAACGGGAUAUUGUUUUCGCAGCCAGUUUAUAUUUGUGA